GUAGAUGUUACUAUCAUACUUUUUGUGUUCCGGCAAAACAGUACCUAUUUUGUAAUGUUAUCUUUUCAAGACUUUUGCCCAUAUUAAUAAUAAUUUGAUUGGUGGUAUUAUAAUACUUGUAUGAUUUAUUACACCCCUCCAUAUUUUAGAAAAGAACGAGAAGACAGCAGUGCUGCAGACUGCAGUUUAUAUACUUACAGUGAACGUGAAGUGUUGACGUGAAACGUUUUUAUCAAUAUUUUUUAUUAUUUUUUAUUUUAACUAAUAUUAUAAAAGUUGUUAAAUAAACGCCAAGUAUGUCAUAAUAUUGUUAUUGGUUUUUAUUGCAGAAUUUUUGUUAGCUAAAGGUGACAAUUACUAACAAAAUGGACAGGAGAUUAUGCAAUGUAAGCCUUUUGGGCUUGUCGUUCAUGUUCGUUUUUACGGCAUUUCAAACGAUGGGAAAUAUUGAAAAAACUGUACUGAAAAGUAUUCAAAAUGAUUUUCCGUCGUUUACUGGUGACGGGUACACAAGCUUGGCCAUCAUUUAUGGAUUUUUUGCAUUAUGCAACUGGAUAUCACCGUCAAUCAUAAGUUUCGCUGGGUCUAGAAUGUCCAUGUUUGUCGGAGCGUGUUGUUACACCUUAUUCUUAGUAUCAUUUCUUUGGCCAACGACUAUGUUGCUAUACCUGAUGUCCGCCUUGAUUGGAUUCGGAGCGUCCAUUAUUUGGACAGGUCAAGGAACUUACCUUACGUUAAACUCAGACUCCACGACUAUGUCUAGGAACUCUGGAAUAUUUUGGGCAUUGUUGCAAUCGAGUAUGUUUUUGGGAAACACAUUUGUGUUUUUUGUGCUCCAUGACAAAACUAAUUUGGAUGCAUCUACUAGAACGUUAUUGUUCACUGUCUUAAUCAGUGUCUGCUUUUUGGGCACAAUCAUGUUUUUGGUCUUGCGAUCGCCCGUAAGCUCCGAAGGGAAUGAAAACGAACAAGGAAUACCUCUUAGCGUAGUUAAAGAAAUGAAAAAUUCAUUUGCGCUUUUUUUAACCGAAGACAUGUGUCUAUUAAACAUGUCAUUCUUUUUUACAGGGUUACAUUUAUCAUUUUAUAGCGGCGUCUACAGUUCCAGCAUUGGAUUCACUACAGCAAUAGGACCUAACAGUAAACAGUUGGUCGGUCUAUCGGGUAUCUUUAUUGGUGUCGGAGAAAUCUUAGGCGGAUUUCUGUUUAGUAUUUUGGGUAAAAAAGCCACUACUACCGAAGUUGGGUCUAAAGGCUUUGGUCAUUCGGCAGUGAUUGCACUCGGAUUUGUUACCAAUAUUGUUGCGUAUGGAUUAAUUUUCAUUAAUUUACCAAAUGAAUCUCCGUUUGGCGAUACGAGUGCCAAAUCUUUUAUCGAACCCAAUCAGUAUAUUGCGAUAUUGUGUAGUUUUCUCUUGGGUUUUGGCGAUAGUUGUUUUAACACACAAAUUUAUAACGUAAUCGGAAAAAAAUAUUCCGAAAACAGUGCACCGGCAAUGGCUUUGUUCAAGUUUAUGCAAUCGAUAGCUGCUGCCAUUAGUUUCUUCUACAGCAAUCACUUUGGAAUGUACGUGCAAUUAUCGUUGUUAGUGAUCACGUUGAUUAUGGGCACGUUAUCAUUCUUUAAAGUCGAUAAAUCUCUUGAUGAUCGAUACAAAGAAAUUUAGUAUGAAAUUGGCCAAUUAAUUUGGAAUUGAACAACCAAUCAACUUUUAUGUGCAAUAUUUAUUCUUUAUUAUUUUAUACUUCUAAGAAUCGUUUAAUGAUGGCCAAUGUAAAAUAUAUAUUAUAUUUUUAUAUUGAUAUCAAUUUGUUAUAUUGGUAUAAUAUUUUUAUUAUAUUAUUGUGAUAAUUACAUUUUUAGAAAACAAACAAUAUUUUAUCAAUACUU